AUGAAUUUCAUUGUUGCUUUGAUUUGUGUUGGUUCGUUGUUUCUGUUGUUUCAUAGUACGAAAGUUCAUACUCAUCCGGUGGAUUUAGAUUUGAAUCAUAAAUGGCAAACGGGUUAUCAUCCAUUUCCUGAAAUGAGUCGAUUUCUGAAUUCUCAUUCACGUAUUCAUCGGCAAUCACCGCGGCCAUCCUAUUCAUUUCUUGGAUAUCUGUGUAGUAUGGCUGAUGAUGAGAAAAGUAUUCAAGAAUUUUUGAGUACAUUCGACAGCAAAUAUGGAUCAUUAAUAAUGACUAUAAUCGAACAAGAUUGCCCGGCGUAUAAACGACGACAUCGACGUUCGAUCGAUGAUGUUAAUCACAAGGAUUUUUCGCGAAUAUUUUUAUCGCAAAUAGUCGAUUAUCAACAUAAAUUUUGA